UACCACGACUAUCCCUUCUACACACCCGCGAUAACGAUAAUGAGCAAUUUAGAGAAAAGUUUAUUCCAACUCAAGUUCACCGCAAAGACUCUGAAUCGACAAGCCAAGAAGGCACAGAAAGAUGAAGGUGUCGAGAAGGCUAAAGUAAAGAAGGCAUUACAACAAGGCAACACCGACGGCGCACGUAUCUACGCCCAAAAUGCCAUCCGUAAGAAGAGCGAAUCGCUCAACCUACUACGACUCGCAAGUCGUAUCGAUGCCGUUAGCAGUCGAGUGGAGACUGCCGUAACGAUGCGUCAAGUAACAGGCAACAUGACAUCCGUCGUGAGGGGUAUGGAUAAAGCUAUGGAUAGUAUGAACAUCGAUAAGAUCUCACUCGUAAUGGACAAAUUCGAAUCCCAAUUCUCCGACCUCGACGUCCAAACAUCCUACAUGGAAGACACAAUGUCCUCAACCACAGCCGUCUCAAUGCCCCAAGACCAAGUCGACCUCCUCAUGCAACAAGUCGCCGAAGAAGCCAACAUCGAGCUCCAGCACGAAAUGGGUUCUAAGACAUUAGAAGGAACUGUAGCGGAUUUAGCGCCGGGAGAGAAGUUGAAAGAGGAAGAUACGAAACUUGCGGAGAGGUUGAGAGCUUUGAGACCUGCUUCUUGAUCUUUAUAAUUUCUUUAUAUCUUUACCAGGCCCGUAUCUUUCCAUGAACUUCCCCAUUUUUUGAUAGUUGUAUUCGUUAUUUUGACCGGAUUAAAUAUAAUCAUGCCAUACAUAUCGUCUGUACACAAUCCUUUACUGCCAAAUAGAAUGGACUGCUUCA